AUGGAGCCGAUCUGUCGUAGAGUCAAAGACACUGGCGGUGUCUACUUUGUACCUUGCUUCACAGGAUUAUACACUCCGUACUGGGAUCCUAGUGCAAGAGGAACGAUUCUCGGCAUGACGCAAGCUACCAAAAAAGCGCAUAUCUGUCUAGCAGCUCUUCGUGCUGUAGCAUAUCAGAGCGCAGAAAUGAUUGAAGCUGUUGAGCAAGAUCUCGGAGAUAUCAAGAUUCAGGCUAUUAGAGUAAGCUUGGUUAAGCUUUGA